AUGCAAAAAACCUGCAAUGAGACGGUGUAUGACUCAGAUGAUCCACCUCCUGCACAACCAAAACCAAAGAGGGCCAAGAAGGAGAAGGUACCAGCCAGCACAAGUACACCUAAAAAUAAGAGGGCCAAGAAGGAAAAAGUACCAGCCAGCACAAGCACACCUAAAAGCAAGAGGACCAAGAAGGAAAAAGUACCAGCCAGCACAAGCACACCUAAAAGCAAGAGGACCAAGAAGGAAAAAGUAUCAGCCAGCCCAAGCACAUCAUUGAAGCUGCAACAUGCACCAACAGCACCAUCUAGUCCAUUUGAUCUAAACUAUAGUCCUGGGGCACUAACUAGAAGCCGAGCUAGGAAAAUUAUAGUGGAGGAGGCUGAGGUGCAUGGAAGAAUGGCCCUGGACCAUCUCAUGAAUGUAUGA